GGAAAGCAGUGGGGAUACCUCACUGACAAGGGAGUUUCCUUUAACAUGGCUGGAAUGAAGGCACUUUUGAUGCUGGAAAACUUCAUAGAUGGAAAAUUUGUGCCUUGUAACUCAUAUAUAGAUUCUUAUGAUCCAUCUACAGGGGAAGUGUACUGCAGAGUGCCAGAUAGUGGAAAAGAAGAGAUCGAAGCGGCGGUGGAGGCGGCCAGGGCAGCCUUUCCCGGCUGGGCGUCCCGCAGCCCCCAGGAGCGCUCGCAGGUGCUGCGGCGGCUGGCCGACCUGCUGGAGGGGUCCCUGGAGGAGUUCGCCCAGGCGGAAUCUAAAGACCAAGGGAAAACCAUUACGCUGGCAAGAACCAUGGACAUCCCCCGGGCUGUACAGAACUUCCGGUUCUUUGCCUCCUCCAUCCUGCACCACACGUCGGAGUGCUCACAGAUGGACCCCCUGGGCUGUCUGCAUUACACUGUGCAGGCCCCUGUGGGCAUCGCUGGUCUGAUCAGUCCCUGGAAUUUGCCACUCUACUUGCUGACCUGGAAGAUAGCGCCAGCUAUAGCCGCUGGCAACACUGUGAUAGCCAAGCCCAGCGAGCUGACGUCAGUGACCGCGUGGAUGAUGUGCAAACUCCUGGAGAGAGCAGGUGUUCCACCAGGUGUGGUGAAUAUUGUGUUCGGAACGGGGCCCAGGGCAGGCGAAGCCCUGGCAUCCCAUCCAGAGGUUCCCCUCAUCUCCUUCACUGGGAGCCAGCCCACGGCUGAGCGGAUCACACAGCUGAGUGCUCCCCACUGCAAGAAGCUCUCCUUGGAGCUGGGGGGCAAGAAUCCUGCCAUCAUCUUUGAGGAUGCCGACCUGGAGGAGUGUGUGCCAACGACCGUCAGGUCCAGCUUUGCCAACCAGGUCAGAAGUUACAUCAAGAAAGCUCGAACUGAAGGGGCUCAAAUUCUGUGUGGUGAGGGGGUGGAUAAGUUAAAUCUUCCCCCCAGGAACCAGGCAGGCUACUUUAUGCUUCCCACAGUGAUAACAGACAUUAAAGAUGAAUCUUGUUGCAUGAAGGAAGAGAUAUUUGGUCCGGUGACGUGUGUUGUCCCCUUUGAUAGUGAAGAGGAAGUGAUUCAAAGAGCCAACAGUGUUAAAUAUGGGCUGGCAGCCACAGUGUGGUCAAGCAACGUGGGCCGUGUUCACCGGGUGGCUAAGAAGUUGCAGUCAGGCUUGGUCUGGACCAACUGCUGGCUUAUUAGAGAGCUGAACCUUCCUUUUGGGGGGAUGAAGAGUUCUGGGGUAGGUAGGGAAGGAGCCAAGGACUCUUACAGGUUCUUCACUGAAAUCAAAACCAUCACUGUUAAGCACUGACCUUGGCUGAAGGAGAAGCUGUUGUGGUCGCUGUCCGGCUGCAGAGAAUUGGUCGUCCAAAGUAGUGAACAGAAAUCCUGGCAUAAUUUACAGCCACAUCUUGACUCAGCUGAAAGUUAUCUCUAGCUUAUCCUCAGUAGUUAGUACUUUCACCUGCUGUGGAAGAGAUUCUGUUUAAAAUGUGGAAUCAAGGAAGAGAGGACUUGUGAAAAGGAAGGCACAAAGGAAGCAGAAUAAUGAUCAGGUUCCAACUAUGUUGUGUCUUAAUAGUAUGUUGUUUUUUUCAUCAUUGUGAUUGAAUUCAGAGAUACUUAGUUUUUUUAAUUUGUGAGUUUAUAGAAAAAAAAUCUACAAAGCCAAAGAGGAACAAAUAAUCAUAGUUUCUUUCCUUUGGUGGGUUGUUGAGAUGGCUUUCCCAUUACCAGCCACUAGCAUGGCUAAUUGGUAAUUAAUUGUACCUCAUUUGUAAGAGGGCCAUAAAUACUAUGGACAAACAUAAUAUGGAAUUUGUCGUGAGAAGGCACAUAUGGCAGAUCCCACUAAAUGUAUCUGUAUAAGGACAAAGAAAAAUAAAAU